CCUCUAAUUGGAAGCAAGAAGUUAGCAACACGAAAACCAACCCAACCAGCUCUUGAGUAGAGUUAAAAAAAAAGGACAACAAUUCUAGAUGAUAGUAAUCCCCAAACUAAACCAAAUCCUGUACUGACCAACAAAACGACACUGCAGUUCAGAGGCACUUAUCCCCUUUAAUUCAAAUAAUCUAAAAAACGACACGCCGUUUCCAUCUUCAUCUUCACUCUUCACACAAUUACUCAUAAAACCGUUCCACGUAUCAUUCCCACGCAUAACCAAACCAGCCACUCACCGGCGAUGUUGCCGGAUAUUCCUCCCGAUCCACCUCCGAUAAAAUAACCACUCCGCCACCGCAACUAUCAACGCCGGCACCGUUACAAUCACGAUGUCGUCACCGCAAAACAUAAAACAAAAGGUGUUCACAUGUCUGACAAAACUCUCCGACCGCGACACUCACUCCCUCGCCGCCAACGAACUGGUCACAAUUGCUCGGAACCUCGACGCAAGCACCGUACCGGUGUUCCUCUCUUGCAUGUACUCCACCGACGCCUCCGACAAAUCUCCAGUUCGGAAGCAAUGCGUUCAACUCUUUGGAUUACUAUCUGAAACACACGGAAACGCUCUUUCUCCUUACCUCUCGAAAAUUCUCGCCAAUAUCGUUCGCCGACUCCGUGACUCGGACACUUCGGUCCGAUCCGCGUGCGUGAAUUCCGUUUCAGCAUUGGCUUGCCACGUCACCAAACAACCGUUUUCUUCCUUUCUGAAACCGUUAUCGGAGGCUCUGUUUACGGAACAAGAUCAGAGCGCGCAGAUUGGAGCUGCACUUUGUCUCGCUUCGGCGAUCGAUGGAGCUCCGGAUCCGGACCCGGCUAGGCUUGCGAAGCUGUUGCCGAAGUUCCAGAAGCUUCUUAAACGCGAGGUGUUUAAGGCGAAGCCAGCGCUGUUGACGCUGAUCGGAAGCGUCGUCGAAGCCGGUGGCGCGUCCGGUCACGCUUCGUUGAAGAGUUUAGUUUCGUGUUUGGUGGAAUUGUUGAGCAACCGCGAUUGGGCGGUGAGGAAGGCUACGGCGGAGACGCUGUUGGUGUUGGCUAACGUGGAGAGGGAUUUCUUGUCGGAAUUCAAGUCUGAGUGUUUGACAGUUUUCGAGAAUCGAAGAUUUGAUAAGGUAAAGUUAGUUCGUGAAGUUAUGAAUCAGAUGUUGGAAGCUUGGAAGCAUAUCCCUGAUGUUUCGGAUGAAUUUUCACCACCUCCUAAAUCCCAAUCUUCUUCUAUAGAGAAUCCAAAUGAUCGGAGAUAUACCCCGGUCUCUCAAAAUUCAUGUAAUCCUGGUUCAGUAAUGGCGAAUCUGCGAAGGAAAUCAGCUCCUGUUAGCAGAUUCAGUCCGCUAGAUAGUUCUUCUGCUAGCAAUAGCAAGAAUGUGAGUGCCUUAAGUAGUAACAAGAGAAGGAGUUCGGUUGUUUCGCAAAAAUUAAACCAUAAGAAUUGGGAUGUUCAAGUGGCCCUGUCCAACGCUACCUCUGUGGUCAUGGCUGAUCAGGUUGAUCUUCAUGAGAGGGAUGAAAAUGAAUCUCCGUUGGAAAUAAGCAAAAUGGAGAAGAACAAAUUUCUAAAGCCAGAAAUGAAGCGGGCAUUGUUACACAAAAAUCCCGAUGAUAGAAUAAAAAAGCAUGGUGGUUCCAAAGCUGGAUCUCGUGUGGUUCCAUAUCACGAAGAGAGUCAAGACUCAGUUCCUGAUAGUAAUGUCUCCAAAGAUCUUUUUAAGAAUGAGAAAGAGAGUGAAGAAUUAUCUUUGAUCCGCAACCAGUUACACCAAAUUGAGAAGCAACAGUCAAAUUUACUUGAUCUUCUGCAGAAAUUCAUUGGAAGCUCACAAAAUGGAAUGCAAUCAUUAGAGACCCGUGUACAUGGCCUGGAGUUGGCAUUGGAUGAGAUUUCUUAUGAUUUGGCUGUAUCAAACGGAAGGAUGACUAAUUCUGAUGUCCCUCGUAAUACAUGCUGCUUGCUACCCGGAGCAGAAUUCUUGAGCUCCAAAUUCUGGAGGAAAACACAGGGCCAGUAUACAUCCUCGCCAUUCUCUAGACGUCGUGGUGCUCCAUCACUUGCUGCCAUGCACUACCCAGCUGGCAGGAACAUUGAAACUAGAUUUACAAGCCAAAGACUCAGGCUUAAUGGAGAUUUCAUCACUAAUCCACUGGCAGAGGUACACACUAAUUCAAGGGAUUUUGCUUGAUCAGAGCCAAUCUUAAAAAGAAGGUUCGCAUUUUGCCUCUGGACUAGGCAUAGUCUUCGCAAUAUUGCACACGUUUCUGCAACUUUGUGAUUAGUGAUACCAACCAAUUGAUGCAUCAUUCAACUCAUACUCGUAUGCCUUUUUUGUUCCUGUAUAUUUUUUACUUUCUUGCAGAUGUGCUGCACAAUCUAGAAAGCAAGUUUGAUCAUUUGAUUCUCAAUCAAGUUUUAAGAUCCCUUGACCUUAGUCUGGAGAAAUGUUUGAUAGAUUGAACUUCUGAUCAAAAUUGCAUAUUCUGUUUCAACAAAUUAUGAUUUAUUCUAAAUAUAUACAUUUGUUGUGCUACUCGAAAA